AUGUAUGUUAGAAAACUUUUAACAGCACGAUUUAUUCGUUGUGAAUUCGAUGUAUUUGUCAAUAAUUCACAUCAUUAUUCACAACGAACACAUAAUUUUCUAAUAUCUAAAUUUCAACAAUUACGUCCAUAUUCAUUAUCAAAUGUUUCAUUAGCACGAUCGGGUAAUAAUUCAUAUACAAUACGAGAUUUUGGACAAGGUUCAAAAGGUAGCAAUAGUGAUGGUUCAGGUAAAAUAACAUUUCUUUGUCCAAAAUGUGGUGAUGUAUGUUCACAUGUUGAAAGUCUUGUUUCUUCAACAAGAUUUGUGAAAUGUGAAAAAUGUAAUCAUUUUUUUGUUAUUUUAUCUGAUAAUGAAGGAUCAAAGAAAGUUAUUGAAGAUAAAGUAAAAACUCGGCCACCACCACCGUCACCAAAAAAAAUUUAUGAAUUUCUUAAUAAAUAUAUUGUUGGUCAAGAACAUGCAAAAAAAGUUAUGUCUGUUGCUGUUUAUAAUCAUUAUAAACGUUUGCAUAAUAAUAUGUCAACAACAAAAUCUCAACAGAAUACUUCAGAAAAUUCAUUAAUAAAUGUAACAAAUCAACAACAACGAGGUUCAACAAAAUAUGCUAAUAAUAAUGAAGAAAUAAAAUAUGGUAGUGAUUUUAUACAUAAUGAAAAUUAUGAUCUUAAACUUGAAAAAAGUAAUAUACUUAUGCUUGGUCCUACGGGUUCAGGUAAAACACUUCUUGCACAAACAAUUGCAAAAUGUCUUGAUGUGCCAUUUGCUAUAUGUGAUUGCACGAGUCUUACUCAAGCUGGUUAUGUCGGUGAAGAUGUCGAAUCAAUUAUUGCAAAAUUACUUCAAGAUGCAAAUUAUAAUGUUGAACGAUGUCAACAAGGUAUUGUAUUUUUGGAUGAAGUCGAUAAAAUUGGCAGUGUACCAGGUAUUCAUCAACUUCGAGAUGUUGGUGGUGAAGGUGUACAACAAGCAUUAUUAAAAAUGCUUGAAGGUACAGUAGUAAAUGUUCCAGAAAAAAAUUCUCGAAAAAUGCGUGGUGAAACUGUUCCAGUUGAUACAACAAAUAUAUUAUUUGUUGCAUCAGGUGCAUAUACAGGUCUUGAUAAAAUAAUAGGUCGUCGUAAAAAAGAAAAAUAUCUUGGUUUUGGUUCAACAUUAAAUGAAAUACCAUCACGACGUCGUGCAACACAACUUGAUUUACAUGAACAACGUGAUGAAAAUGACAAAAUGAUUGCUGAAGAAAAUUUAGAACUUGAUAAAUAUUUACAAGAAUGUGAAGCACGUGAUCUUAUUGAAUUUGGAAUGAUACCAGAAUUUGUUGGAAGAUUACCUGUUAUUGUUGCAUUUCAUUGUUUAAGUGAAGAUAUGCUUGUACGAAUUUUAACUGAACCUCGAAAUGCUUAUGUACCUCAAUAUCAAGCACUUUUUCAAAUGGAUAAGGUUCAAUUAGAUUUUACUGAUGGUGCACUUCGAUCAAUAGCUAAAAGAGCUGUUCGACGUAAAACCGGAGCUCGUGGUCUUCGUUCAAUAUUAGAACGUAUUUUACUUCAACCCAUGUUUGAUAUUCCCGAAUCGGACAUUGUCGGUGUUCGUGUUGAUGAAGAAGCUGUUAAAUCAAAUAAAAGUCCUGAAUAUAUUCGUUCACGUCCUAUAACAUCAUCUGAUGAGCUUCAUGAAAAUUCAACAAAACCAAACGAAAAAAAUCCUAAAGAAAAUAAUGAUAAUAAAAUUUUUUUACCAACCGGUUGA